AGAGGCAGCAGAAUAAAAAUGAAGACAGCUUUUGUUCUUGUUUUGACCCUUCUAACCAUUUUUGUAGAUGCAUUGCCAGUUCUACCAGAACAAGAAGCCAAACAACUGUUGAGAACCCGUCGUGGAGACAGACCAAGAAAAGCUGGUUUCCCUGAUGAACCAAUGAGGGAGCACCUGCUUUACCUCCAACGGUUGGAGCAGAGAUCUGAAGAACAAUUCCUUGAGCACUGGUUGAAUCCGCACUGCUACCCACAUUGCAACAGGGAUUUAGUUUAUCCAGUGUAAAAGGGUCAGUUCUUUCCUGAGUAACAUUCAUCCUUCUGUGCGGGAAAAGGAACAGCCAACAUAAAACAAGACAAGACUCACCUACUACUUUCUAUGUCACUGGAGCAUCAAAGGCUUUAGGUGGUUUUUGAGACUACUCUGCAAUCCUAGCAUUCUAACUGAGCUUUCUUUGUUUGCAAUGUGUGUUAAUAAGAGCUCCGUUUUGAUCAAAUAGUAUAGGCAUACAUUGAGAAAUCUGCCUGGACUCAAUUACUCUGUGAAUCAUGAUUUCUAGUUUAGAAAGUGUUAGAUUCCUUAGAAAUUCCUAAGAAUGUUGCUGUUAUUAUUACUUCGAUCUGUAGCCCUCUGAAGUGUUUGCAACUCAACAUCUGCAUAAGGAAUAGAAACAUAGGCUUCUUAUACUUUGCAUAUCAACUGACUUAGGAGUAAGUCCCAUUGAAUUCAGCAGGACUUACUCCUGAGUAAAUGACACAUGGGAUUGGGCUGCAUCCCUGCUCAUAUAGAACUAUUUUGCUUCUAUGAUCUGAUGCCUGAUUUAGAACUGAAUCCCACCCAGUUUAAUAAAAUGUACAGUAGGGCUUCGCUUUAUGGCGCUUUGCUUUACAGUGCUUUGCUAAUGCGGCAGUCUCAAUUAGACGCAAUUAGACUAAAGCCCCACUCAUACGGCGCUUGUUCCACCUUUACAGUGGUUUUCGGGUGUCGCACGCCAUUCUAUUCAAUGAGUUCCGCUUUUCAGUGGUUUUCACUUUUCAAUGGGGGUCUGGAACGUAACCCGCAGUAUGAGUGGGGCCCCACUGUACUCCCAAGCAACCAUGAACAGGAUGGUGACUUUAAUGACUCAUAUAUCUGUCAACCGUGGCUAGAUUAAAAAUUGGGCAGGGCUAGGGUUGCCAGGCUCAGGGCCUGA